AUGUCUGAACCUGAACCUAAACCCGAACCUGAACCUAAACCCGAACCUAAACCCAUGCAAACCCAUUGGGGCGCUUCAAAGGAAGUUACGGACGCUAUUGUGGCCUGCUUGGAGUCUGGCUUUAAAAGACUGGUGGAAUCAGACUCGAACUCGCUGUUGAAGAAGUUCUUAACGAGGGAAAUACUAGACAAAAUUAAGAUGAAGACUUCUAAAUAUGGGGCCACGCUGCAAGAUUGCAUUGAUCCUGGUGUAAACAAUCUUGCGUUGGAAAUUGGGCUGAACGCAGUCGACCCGGACUGCUACAGAGUGUUCGCAGACCUUUUCGUACCUAUUUUAGAGGCAUAUCACAAAAUUGGAAAAGAUGGUCAGCAACUAGGCAUCGACGAUUGGGGCUUCACCCCUGUCUUUAAAAAUGUGGACCCCGAGGGAGAAUAUGUUCUGUUCACUGGAGUAACAUGUUUCAGGAACGUGAAAGGGUUUCCGUUCAGUCCCCUUAUGACUAAGGACAACUUUUUGGACGUUGAAACUGAUGUACGUCUCACGUUAAGACAUCUUUCUGGAGAAUUGGCUGGGCGUUAUCAUUCUUUGUCAGAUGUACCAGGAAAUCGCCGAUACCAGUUCAUCGCUGACAAUUACUUUCACCAUGGUAAACGCAUAGGAAGAGCAGAAGGUUGCCCCCAUUGGCCAACUGGUAGAGGGCUUUACUAUAAUUCUGCAAAAACCUUUGUGGUUUAUGUUGGUGAGGAAGAUCACGUCACCAUAAUAAGCAAGCAACCAGGAGGAGAUGUAGGAGCAGUAUUCAAUAGGUUGGUAAAGGGACUUGAAAAUCUCCAACAAUGGAUUGAAUUUUCCACUGAUAUGAGAUUCGGGUACUUGACGGCUUGUCCUUCAAAUGUGGGUCAAGCGGUUCGCCCAUAUUUUCAUAUGAGAAUUCCCAAACUUGCCGCUAACAUGCCUAAACUCGUUGAGCUGGCUGCCCACUAUGAUAUGGCAGUAAAAGAAAUUAGAGAAGGGUCCAUCAACACGCAUGCUAUUUAUGAGCUGACUAAUACGAAACGUUUGGGGACUCCAGAAUACCAGAGUGUGAAGAAAAUGGCGCUUGGUAUCAUUAAAAUUAUUGAGAAUGAAAAAGCCGCACCACCAGUGGAUAAUUCGAAACUAUAUGGCCAAUCAACCUCAGGGGAGCAAAGCUGCUGA